AUGGUAUCGGCGUUUCCUGGUGAAUGUUAUGUUUUUUUUCUAACUUUAUUUAAGGCUAUGGAGGACGAAAUUACUGGCCGUGAGCCUGUCGUUGAACAAGUGAAAGCAACUGGUCAGCAGAUGGUUGAAAAUGGUCAUUAUGCUUCGGAUACCAUUACGUCACGGCUCAGUAACCUUGACAACAAAUGGGCGUCUGCACGUGACACCGCUGCGUAUCGUAAGAGGAAACUGCAAGAUAGUUUGAAUGUACAACAGGUGGGGGACUAACUACUAUAUGAUAUUACGUAUAUUUUGGCAGAUAUGGCUAGCGCGCUGUCUCUUAAGUUAAGCCUGCUACUGAAGGUCCCUUGUAGUGUAUUACUUUAUAGAAUAGUUGUAUACGAAUGGGCGUUACUUUAAACUCGUCCCGUAAUUUUUUCUUCAGUUUAUUGCGGACUACAAUGAUAUCAUAUCGUGGAUGAAUUUGGCUGAACGAAUGGCCGCUAAUGAUGACUAUGGAUAUGAUGAAGACAGCGUCCACACCUUGCUGAAAAAACACGAGGUUUGUUAUUACAAAUGGAAAAUCACAAAGCAUGCAUGAUCCCAUUGUGUAAAUGCAUAGAUACACACCCAUUUCUGACCGUGCGUGUGUAGACAACGUUGAAGGUCAAUGUUGUAUGAUACAACGUAUUAAACCGUCGUUCCAUGAUCGUUAUUUUAUGGCAAAAGCUAGAUACUGUAUUUGGCACAUCCCCCAGAUACAGAAUUUUGAUUGUCAUUUUGUUUUAAUUAAGUUAUUGGAGGAAGAAAUUGAAUCAUAUGCAGUGCCCAUUCAGUCUCUUCAUGAUCAAGUUGACGAAACUCUCGGAGACGAGGAUAAGACAUCGCCUGAAGUAGUCGACCGAUGUAGAACGUAAGUUCAGCCUCGUAAAAAGUCUUUGAAAUAGAAAAUAGUUUCAUCCAGUCGUGAUCCAGUGAUUGAAAUGUUCCAUUAUCUUUGCAUUGUUUUGAAAAUACCACUGUUCUCCAUGCCAUCUAGUCAUGAUCAGAAUGUUCCAUUGUCUUUUCAUUGUUUUGAAAAUCCCGCUGUUCUCCAUGCCAUCCAGUCACAAUACAAAGAUCAGAAUGUUCCAUUGUCUUUCAUUAGUGUCGACGAGCGAUACGCAAACCUGAAAGAUCUUGCCGCUGAACGAAGGAAGAAACUCCUUGAAGCGCUGGCUCAGUUUCAACUCAACAGAGAAGCAUACAUUAUUGACACCUGGAUCACUGAAAGGGUAUAGCAAUAAAUAUGAUCCAUAAGUUUAAUCCAUAAGUUUCCUGCAUCCAGAUGUAAUAUCAGACAUGUUUCGCUUGUGAUGCGAUGUGAUGUCAAAUCAAAACAUACCGUUAAGCAUGACAUCUUUUUCAGGAACAACGUUUGGACACUGCGCUUAGAGUUGAUAGAACAAUGGAUCUGGAGGAAUGUCGUGUCAUUCAACAGAGAAUUGAUAACUUUACUACGGUAUGAAAUUGAAAUUAUUUUGUCGAUGAUUACAUUUAUAAUUAACGCAUGUUCGUCACUCAGAAUUAGGACAAAAGGGCACUAAACUGCCGUAGCCAGAUGUGGCAAAUUUUAAAAUCCCACGUGAUUCAGGAACUCGUAUAAAAAUUGCGACGGUAUCCACAUCCAGUUCUAGUUUUGAGGUCAAUGGUCGUUAUUGUUGAAAUUAUUGCUAUAGGAAUGCAGUGGUAACGAGGAACGGUUGGGCAAAGUGAAUGAACUGGGGACACAGCUUGUUGACGAGGGACAUCCAAACGCGGACGAUAUACAAACGACAACUGAAAACGUUACAUCCAGGUAUUGUAAUGAAACUUUGAUAUUAUUGUUGUGGUAUGGGUGUGAGUGUUUUAUUGGGAAAGUCGUUGAUUUGAUUGAGGUGUUAGUAUGUCUUUCAUCUCUCUGACUGAGGUUGUAUUCCUGCAAUAUGCACUUGUUUGAUUAUCACCUAUAUUCUAAAAGCUCACUCAGACUCAAAGAGUGGAGGUUCAGUCUGAGCUUUCCUUGAGUAUCAAUGCUGUUUUUGAAUAGCUGGAAGUUGAGUAGUCGCAUAGUAAGGUGCGACACUAACACUUCAGCUGUUCAAAAAUAGCAUUGACACUCAAGGGAAGCUCAGAUUGAACCUCCACUCUUUGAGUGCGAGUGAGCUUUUAGAAUACGGGCGUAACAGUUCUUCCAGUUUGACUCCGCCAAACACCGCAGGGUUUCGUCCUGAUGGCGCUUGCUGGAUUGGAGAACAGUUUAGAUUUGAUAGAGCUACCAAGGAUGAACAAACUUAAUUUGGUUUAGUUUAUUAACUCAUGAAAACGUGAAAUAGAAUAAAACUAUUUUGUACUUUCUAGGUGGGUUGAGCUGCAGGAUGGCCUGGACGCUAGAAAGAAAGAGCUCAAUGAAGCGAUACGACUUCAACAGUUUUAUGUUGAAACAACAGAGACCAAAGUAAGACUUUUUUCAGGAUUUCUUGCUAAGAUUCAGAAAAUUGAGUUAUCCUUUUGAGGAGGACACAAAUCCUGAAAGUGCCAGGAGACACAACCUGGACUUGGUCUUUUGUGUUCUUUAGGAAAACAUGUUAACCCUUUGCAUGUGUUUGUGGUUUAGACUUGGAUACAAGAAAAGAAGAGUGUCUUGGCUACGGUGCAGGAAAUUGAGACGAAAGAUUUAUCCAGUGUCAUUACUGUACAACGAAGAUUGAAUGUAAUUCAGAGAGAUCUAGGCGCGUUGGAAGAUAAGGUACAAGUAGUUCAGAUUUCUAAGCUCGAUUAUCUUUCCCAUGUUAAUCCAGUACCGCACAGAAUCAGCUUAAGACUGGGUUUGCGUAUUGUUAUUUCUGAGUGACUGUAUAAUAUGAUCAUUACUAGGUUCUAUACCCUCGUGUAUGUACAAAAGUUUACGUAAAAUUUUGUUGUUAUGACAGGUUGGUGAAUUGAAAAAGGAGGCUGAGGAACUUACUGAAAAGCACCCAGAGGUAUAUGCGUGUUGGUCGUUAAUUUCGUACUGUGUAGUACCGCAUAGUGUGUAGGAAGAAUAGAAUUAUAAGAAAUUUUGAAAUAAUAUUUAUAUUGUAGGAAGCUGAGACGAUAAACGAAAGAAUUGAUGCAGUGACUCAAACUUGGGGUGACUUACAAUCUAGUGUAAGUAUAUAUCCGUAACCUACGACCAAUAUCCGUGUUGAACAUUUAAUGAAUUUGCUUGUUAAGAAGAGUUAAGAUGGUAAUUCUGAAAAGUCAUUAAAAUACUGAUAAAAUUGCAGGUUGAACAACGCGAUGAAGAAUUGAAGGAAUCUGGUGAACUUCAACAGUUUGUAAUUGAUCUUGAUGAUUUCCAUCGAUGGUUAGUAUGGAAUAGAAGCUAAAUUAAUUCUGGGAAAUAGCUAAAGAUUUUGGAUAAUUGUUUGAAUGAAUAAUUAUUUUAUCAGGUUGCGCGAUACUCAACAAGAAUGUGCCAAGGAAGAUGUCGCCAACAGUUUACCAGAAGCUGAGAAUAUGUUGAAAGCACACGAAGAUAUGAAGGUGAGAAUGGGCAUAUUUAUACUGGAGGCUGAACCUGUCAAACACAUUUGUGUCUUCGUAUAAGAAUCGUUUAAUCCUUUUAAUCGAUGAAUUUUCUCCGUGCAGAACGAGAUCGACGCUCGCGAGCCAACAUAUGAAAACCUGGUGAAUGAAGGCCCAAAGUGGGUUCAGGAUGAGUCUGAUCUUCAACAGCAAUCUCUGAAAGAACAACUUGACAGCAUAGAGAGUGAAUGGAAAGAUCUUCAUGAACUAUCUGAUGCAAGACAGAAACAACUCUUGCAGAGUUUGAAUUAUCAGGUACAGUACAAUAUGUUCAAAAGUGGGCAAACCAGGAAGCAUUGUUUCCUAGCCAUGUUUCCCGAAGGUGGGCAAACUUAACCGGUAUUUCUGAGAGGUUGGAAAUAACUUGACCAUUAAAUUAUGUUUUAGCUGUUCACGAGGGAUGCAAAACAAGCAGAUUCGUUGCUUGGAAAACAAGAGUUGUUCUUAUCAAAGGAUGAAAAUCCAGUAAGUUGGUAUUAAAAAUGACAGGUUUUACUCAACAGUAUCGUGCGACAGAUAGCUACGAUCUGCUGCCGUUGUGAAACGUUAGACCUAGCACCAUUUCGUCUGUUUACAAAAGCCCAGAAUUGAACAAAGGUUGCUAAGUUAUCCCCAUGACUGAAUAACUCGUAUGGAUAAUUGUGAAGCAAAGUUACUUCAAUGAUUUACUCAAACUGUUUUGCUAGGCGACAGUAGAAGCCGUGAAAGAUGCGAUCAAGAAACACGAAGAAUUCAGCAAGAAACUGGACGCGAAUGACGAGAAGGUCGACGCUGUGAUUGACUUCGCCAACCGCUUGGCUAAUAACAAUCAUUAUGCUUCAGAAAAGAUCUUGGAGAAAGCUCAUGAUAUCGAUGAAAGGUAAAAUUACGUAGAUGCUUAAAUCACAUGAUUUCGUGCAUUAAAUCAGUCGGUCAGGUUUAUUUAUACAUCAAGUUCACAGGCUUAAGCAGCAUGUAUCUCAUAAAUUUCAUUCAGACGUAAAAACAACCGAGCCACGGCUGAGAAUGCACUCGCUCGUCUGAGAGAUCUUUUGGAGCUUAAAGAAUUCAACCAGGACGCGGACGAGGUAGGAUAUUCUAUAAGAAUAUAAAUAUGGAUUUUCAAUAGAUUUUUACUUUUACGAUUUGGUCAUGUUGUCCUUCCCCGUGUCGUCCUCGUGUGAUAAUAUUUCAUCUUUAUUACAAAUACAGUAAUCUGACCAUUGACUGAAACUUCUUGAUGGCAUACGAUUGGCUUAUUAAUCUUUGUUCUUUUGUUUCACACAAGAUGUAUGAUUGGCUGUUAGAGAGACAUCAAGCCGCUUCAGAAGAAAUCACAGACCUCAGCAACAUCCGUGGUAAAUAUCAACGUCAUCAAGCAUUCGAGGCUGAACUGGCGGCUAGUAAAGACAAACUGGAUCAAAUUAAAGAGGUGCGUAUCCAUUACGUAAUCUGUGUGGUUAUUUAGGGAAGCCUGGUCAGCCUCAGCCAUGUUUGUAAUGCGUGGAUGGUAUGAACUCCCUUUUCAAAUGCCAGAACUCCCUUUUCAAAUGCCAGAACUUCCUUUUCAAAUGCCAGAACUUCCUUUUCAAGUGCCAGAACGUCCUUUUGAAGUGCCAGAACUUCCUUUUCAAAUGCCAGAACUCCCUUUUCAAAUGCGAGAACUUCCUUUUCAAAUGCCAGAACUUCCUUUUCAAAUGCCAGAACUCCCUUUUCAAAUACCAGGACUCCCUUUUCAAAUGCCAGAAAGCCUAUUUCAAAUGCCAGAACUCCCUUUUCAAAUGCCAGAACUCCCUUUUCAAAUACCAGAAGUCUCUUUUCAAAUGCCAGAACUCCUUUUUCAAAUGCCAGAAGUCUCUUUUCAAAUGCCAGAACUCCCUUUUCAAAUGCCAGAACUUCCUUUUCAAAUGCUGGAACUUCCUUUUCAAAUGCCAGAAAUAUGGUGGUUGUACAGCAGGAUUCGAACUACCUGUUUCGAGCGAAGGUUCUUGUUAUGCGCAUUGUUUACUUAUUUGUUCUUUUCUAGACUGGCACAAACUUAAUGUCGGAAAAACCGGAGACGGAGCCAGAAGUUCAACCAAGGUUAGAAAAACUGGACCAGACGUGGGACGAAGUCUUAGAAUUGUGUAAGAACAAAGGCAAGAAGAUUUCUGCCGCUCACAAAGGAGAAGAAUUUAAAACUGAUGUCCAGAAUAUGACCGUAUGGGUGCAAGAAUGCGAGACGUCUGUAAUUACGACUGAGAAAGCGACAGAUAUCAUCACAGCUACGAAACUGUAUCACAAACAUAAGGUUGGUCUCUUUCAACCAUCAUCACGGGGAUAUUGUAUGUAUGUUCAUGGGGGAAACCCAUGUGUCUGAAUAUGUGCUUUUACUUUAGGCUCUGGAGAAAGAAAUUUUGACGAAACGUCAACGUCUGGAAGAACUCAGCAAUGAACCGGAUAUGGUCGACGCAGGAAUGAUUGAACCUGAAAUUGUCGCGUCGAAGAAAGAAGAACUGGAGGCGAGGUAAGAUUGUCUACAAAGAUGUGAAUGGCUUCGAUACCUGGUUUUCAAUGAGUUGGGUAGCAAAUUAUUUUAAUUAUUUCUCCCAACAGUUUUGAUGCGCUAGAAGGACCGCUCGGUGCUCGUAGCAAGGAACUCGAAGAUCAAGUACAAUUCUUCCAAUUCACCCGAGACGUUGAUGAUGAACUGGUAUUUAUACUACUCGUACACAUUCUAGGAGAAUAAUAAUUGAAUAAGCACAUCAUAUUAGACACUUGUAAUCCGGAGUGAAUGUUUGAAUUUGAUGUUUUUAGGAAUGGAUACGAGAAAAAGAACCACAGGUGAAAUCAACCAACUAUGGCUCAGAUCUCUUUGAAGUACAACGGCUUCAGAAGAAACAUCAGGUAACAUUCUUGUUUCGCCGUGAGAAUAAAGGGCUGAAAUAUUAUCUGGAGAAAGGGCUAUGAGAGGUUUAUGUCGCAACAGUGAGACUCUAGGAGAAGUUAUGUUGAAGCCUUUUUGCAGAGCAACGCUUCUUUUGUGAGUCUGUAUAAUAAAGUAACUUAGAUUUAAUUUCUACCCCUAUAGAACCUGCGUGCAGAGAUCGAUAUCCAUCAAGCACAGAAAGACGCUUUGGUGAAACAAGGCGAAGAUAUGAUUGAAAAUGAACACCCCGAAUCUGAGGUUGUGCGAGAGAGAAUUGACGAGCUGGAACAGAGCUGGGAUAAUUUGAAAGAUUUAUCGGAUAAAUAUCAAACACAACUCGACGUCUCUGCACAGGCGAAACAGGUAACGCAAAGACCUAUGCAUACCUCAGGAUAAGUGUGUGCAUUGUUCAAAAUUGAUUUCUCGUUUUAAAAUAGAAUAUCGAAUCGAUUUCUCUCUCAAAUGUCGAGGGUAAAGCGUCCACUAAGAUUGAAUAACUCAACUGUGCUUUAAAACUUGUAAAAGUAGACUUUUGGUUGGUUCUCCGGUUUCCUUCUUCGUCAAAAACUAAUCCUUAGGCGUUAAUUGUCGAGCAUGUUUGUCAUGGGCUUCUGAGUGAAUUGUGCAACCACACUCCGUGGUAAACGACAUUAAAUAAGUUAACAUCACUUCUUGUUACUAUAGUAUUACUAUGACGUGUCGGAAGCAGAAGCAUGGAUGAGUGAACAAGAGCUGUACAUGAUGGGCGACGACCGAGGCAAAGACGAGCCUAGUGCAGGACAACUUAUCAAGAAACACGACACUAUCGAGGCCGCCAUUGCUGAUUAUGCCGAAAGUGUGAAUGAAUUAGGAGAACGAGCCCGUGGCUUGACUGACAGCGGUCAUCCUGAAAGGUAUCGGUAGAAAUUGGUGUUAUUUUUAAAUAGCUGUCGUGGUGUCUGAAUUUUAAAAACACUUUCGACUCUUCGAAGGAGGUUUGUCAUGACUUCAUGUAGUUCAGACACAAACCAUGACAGCUCAUUGUAGAAUACUUCCUACAUGUUGCACUGGGGCCGAUUGUUUAAAGCCCGAUUAGCGCUAAUCCUGGUUUAAAUUUUAACCUGCUGUUUUUGUUUAUGUAUUUCUGCAUGUGAUCAUUAAUUUCAAAACUUUAGGAAAUAAAACCUCUAUUGAACCAGGAAAGAUUUCUGGAAAAACAUAUUCAACUUGAUUGAUGAGCUGUUGGUAAAUUUGAUUUGUAGAUUUGUUUUAACCCAGGGUUAAGCUAACCGGCUUUUGAACAACCGGCCCAGAACCCUAAAGCUUUAGAUAUUCGAAUAUAUACUGAAACAAACCUUUAACCUUGUUUAGUGAAACGAUCAACGUGCGGCAAUCGCAGCUCGAGAAGCUGUAUGCAGGUUUGAAAGAUUUAGCUGAAGAAAGACGAGGUAAGCUGGAUGAAACACAUAAACUUUACCAACUCAUCAGAGAGGUUGAUGAUCUUGAACAAUGGAUAGCUGAUCGUGAAGUGAUUGCAAGAUCCCAAGAUUGUGGUCAGGAUCUUGAACAGUGCGAGGUAAGAAAUCUUCGUAAAAAUCCUAAGAAACUUAGUCUUUCUUACGGAAAUCAUACAUCGUUCAUAAAAGCCAAAAUGAAGUUCAUGUAAGAAUAUAAUACAUUGCCACGUUUUAUGUUCCGAUUUUCAGAUGUUGAUACAGAAAUUUGAGGACUUCAAACAAGACACGACGAAUAUUGGGAAUGAACGACUGGCUAAAACGAACGAAGUUUGUGACCAGUUGAUAGGAACAGGACAUUCUGAUGCUGCGACUAUUGCCCAACAUAAAGAUACUGUGAAUGAAGCAUGGGCCAAUCUACUAGAGCUUAUGAACACUCGAAUACAGGUACUACUAUAUACAGUGGUUCUAUUCCAUAGCCCACCGGACAUUACCAUAUGUCAUACCAUACCACAACACUACACUAUACACAUUACCAUAUCAAACCAUACCAUGCUUCACCAUACAGCACAUUACCAUGCCAUACCAUACCAUAUGAUACCACACUGUACCAUACCAUGCCUUACCAUAUACCACCUUGCCAUGACCAUUGACCACACCAACAUACAUUUAAUUAGAUUCCAAUUGUUUAAUUUACGUCCUAUAGUUACUAGAAGCUGCUAAACAACUUCAUAUGUACAACAGCCAUGCUAAAGAAGUUCUAGGAAUGAUUCAGGUAUCGUAUACUUUUAGUAAUGUAUGUCUUCGCUCGAUGAAAAAUUUAAAUAAUGUUGUUUCUUGCCAUUCAAACCUUCUCAAUGUUGUGUAGGAGAAAGAAAGUCAGAUGCCAGAAGACUUGGGAAAAGAUCUCAACAGUGUGGAUCGCUUGAAACGUCUACAUGAAACCUUCGAAGCUGAUUUGGCGCCACUUGAGAAACAGGUGCGUAUGCAUGAAAUUGUUAUCAGUUCAGUUUGAAUUGAAAACGUUUUACAACACUGUACAAGGAAGUUUCGUGGUCUGGAAAAACUUCAAAGCGUCUAAAAUGAGCUACGUUUUAGGUUGAGACGAUUUCAUUUGUUAUUAAUAUUCAACAGUGUGCUUGAGUGAUUCGAUGGUUGCUUUAUUAUGGCAAAAAUACAUUGUCUUUACCAUGUACAAGUUUGCAUAAAUGUGAACAAAAAGAUAGAACAAAGACUUUCACAGAGUCUUCAAACCACAUAUUGUUUGACUAUGUUAAAACAGAGUGAUUGUAUUGUAUAUAAAGGUCAACUCAGUUCAAGAAGAGUCCGCUGAGCUACAAGGUUCAUACGCGGGAGACAAACAGGACGAGAUCAAAGAGACGGAACGAGAAGUGGUGGACGCCUGGAAUCAUUUGACUGGCAAAGUUCGACAUAGAACUACAUUACUGGACGAUUCUGAUGAAUAUUAUAAAUUCUGUAUCGCUGUUCAAGAUCAACUAGGAUGGAUGAAUGACAUGCAGAGACAGAUAUUGACUUAUGAUAAAUCAAGGUGUGUAUGGUGGGUAUGUUGUAGUAUGAUAUGAUAUGAUAUAUGAUAUGAUAUGAUAUGAUAUGAUAUAUGAUAUGAUAUGGUGUGUGGUAUGGUAUCAUGUGUGGUGUUGUGGUGCACCACAUGGUAUGGUGUGGUAUAUGGUAUGCCAAGUUAUAUAAUAUUGUGUGGUAUGGAUGUAGUAUGGCAUGAUAAGCUGUGACAAGGUAUGAUAUAAUAUGUUAAAACAUGAGCAGCCGAUAUUUAUCUGAUAUACAAAUUGUAUAUCAGAUAAAGAACGGAUGUGAAUGUUUUAACGUACUUUAAAAACGACCCAUCUUAUGAGUUCAUUGGCGAAGUAAUUUUAAAAAUAAAUAUUAUCUAAGCCGAGAAAAUCAAUGCUGAAGUGUAUGUUAAUCAGGACAAAUCUUUAUCCGAUUUACAAACAUUGAUUAAACAUUUAUUUCAUUUGAAUUUUCUUCAUGAAUUAUUAAUGAGUAUUUUAAGGUAUGAUAUGGUAAAAUAAUGCUUUGAUGUAGUAUUCCUGGCAUACAGUGUAGUAAAAUUCUCUGCCAUUUCUUUCCCAGAGAUGUACCUGAAACGGCAUCAUUAAUGGAAUUACAUCAACAAAGAAAAAGUGAAAUUGACGCGAGAGAAGAAGGCUUUUCAUCCGUUGUUCUCAUGGGGAAAACGUUACUUGCUCGGGAACACUAUGCUUCUGAAGAUGUGAGUUUUGAGAUGAAAUGUAUUAGUAAUUUCUUCUGUGUAUUGGUCGUCCGCGAGGACGAACUGUGCAGAUAGAUGAUCUGCCUGUAUUCUGCAUUUGCACAAUCGUUUCAAACAUUUUUUCCUCACAAAUUUCCCGUGUCUGGUGUAAAUAUGACUAAUUCUGUACAAUGUGUUUAGAUUCAAGCGAAAUUGGAUAACCUUGACAAAGUAAGAAAGAAGUUGACACUGGAGUGGGAAAGACGUUCGGAACAUCUACAGCUGAGUAAGAAAACUAAACUAACUUCAAUUCUUCAGUUCUAUACUGUUCUUCCUAGAGGUCCAGUAAGGAUCAUCUCGUAUUGAUCCUGUGAUACUACAGGAGGAAACCUAAACUAAACUAACUUUAUUUAUACUAGAUAGCUCUAUCAGUUCUCCCUAGAGGUCCAGUAAGGAUCAUCUCUUAUUGAUCCAGUGUUACCACUUUUAAUUCCUUCUAGUUCUGGAAGUCAUGCAGUUUGCUCGCGACGCUCACCAAGCUGAGGGAUGGUUACUGACACAGGAACCUUACUUGAAGAAAGACGAGGAAAAAAAUGCCGUAUGUAUUGCAUGUUCUCUUCAGCAGAAUGAAUAAGUAACUUUGGGUGUCUAGAUGAAGAACAAAAGCAUUCAUUUUGUGCAAGCAAUGGGUAACUAGGUCUAAUUUUGUAAAGUUUAAAUUAAAGGCUCCGUUUUUUCUAGGAAAACGAAUCAGAAGUUGACAGAUUGAUUGAAAAACAUCAGAAUUUCGAGAAACUCGUAAACAGUCACGAAGAACGUUUCAAAGCUUUGGAACGUUUAACUGCGGUAGGUUCCUUUCUAAUAAUAAUGUACAGAACGUUGUAGUUAGGCCUUUGUGAAAUUGUCAUGGCUAAUGCCUAACACAUACUUAGGGCUGUUUUUCAUUACAACGAUAUCGUACCGAAACCUAUCACGUUUCAUGAACACUUUGGGGCAGGAGGAGGAGGGGGGAUGAUUUUGACAUCAAAGAAAAGUGGAAAACAGGCUUUAUGCUGCAAUUGUUGUCGUUGUGGCUGUACGAAUGUAAAUAAAGUUAGUUUAGUUAAGUGUGUUUGAACUUGUUUAAACUUUUGGUUAUUGUAGGGAGCUUGUACCUUAAAUUAUUAUAAAUUCUUAAUAGAAAAAUGUAAAAUUUGUGAAAAGGUACAAAUAAAGGUCGUUGUUGUUGUAUAAUAUAGUUUGAGCUCCGCGAAGCGCGACGACGUCAACAAGAGGAACAGGAAAGGGAAAAAGAGGAACUCGCGAAGAAAGAAGAAGAGGAGAAACGACAGCGUGAAGUGGAGGAACAGAAAAAGAAAGAACAGGAAGCAGAGGCCGAGAGGAAACGACAAGAAGAAGGUACUUAAACUGCUUUAAUGAUAUUUAUCCUUGGAGCACACCGGUGAAAGACCGUUACCGCGUUAUGAGUUAAGCCAGCUACUGCAGGUCGAGGACAGAGGGUCUACUUAGUUUGGGUAACUUUUCUGUGCUUGAAAACUCAUCCAAGUAAAGUUUUGUGUUGGUUCUCUCGCAUACUUGGAGGAUUUUUCUCCCGGUCUUCCUCCCUAAACCUUAGCUGUCAAUUACAUGUAUCCAUAGAAAUAUGUAUCAUGAGCCUCGGGCGAAUGUCGUUUCAUUUCCGGAAGUUUCCAAUGUCUUGUUAAUGUUUUGAAAAUUGCACUGAUCUCCAUGUCAUCCAGACGCUCAUUAAUACGAUAUUAAAUAAAUAAAUAAUAUUAAUGAUUAUUCUCAUCAGAAGAAGCUCGAAAGAAGAAAGAACAAGCGGAAGAGGAAGCAAGAAAGCGAGCGUCUGCGAUAGAAAAUGGCGAACACGAUGAAGAAAAACAGGAAGAAUUCAAAAUGGCGGAAGGAAAUGUCCACACCGACAGUAGGAAUGAAGGAUAUUUAAUCAGGAAACACACCAUGGAUGGCCCGCACAAGAAAGCUUCAAACAGGUUAGAUUUUAUACAAUUUCUGUUUGGAGAAGGUUAUUCUGUUGGCUGAUAGUGUUGUGUGUUGUUCUUAGCAGUUCCAUCAAACAUUUCUUACAAAUCCUUCAAAACGUAGAAAUUACUUAUGCAAAAUUCCUAUUGUCAAACCAGUCUUAAUAGAAACUUCGCAUGCAAAUAAGCCGAAAACAAUGUUUACGAGUGUGUGACUUGUGUUUUAGACGCUGGAAACAGUUUUAUGUUGUUCUAAGAGAUGGCUCGCUUCAUUUCUUCGAUGAUCAAAAAGAUGCUGGGCGGAUUAACGAAGCCCUAAAUGUCUUAUCCUCAAAAGGAUCGAAAACAGAGGUCGCUGACGACUACAGUAAACGAAAAAAUGUUUUCAGAUUAAAGUAAGAAUUUUUAUGUUCCACAAAAUUAUUGGUAAAAAAUGUGGUUUGAUUUUAUUUUGACAAAACAUCAACUACUUUAUUUAGAAUGGAAAACGGGCACGAAUAUUUAUUCCAAGCUAAAGACGCUGUAAGUGUUGUGUUGUUUUCUUUGAUGUUUCAUAGUAAUUGUUUUGCUUGUUGAGGCUCGUUCAAAUUUGGAUGAGAGUUUUUGUUCUUUUGACUGGUAAUAUCCAGUCAACAGACUCAACUCUCAUGUAACUCUUGUUCUCGUUUGACAGGGGAAUGAGAGUUGAGAAAACUCGCUUGAACGGACAAAAACCCUUUAACUUGUAAUCUCCAUUUCAUUCAUUUUGUGUUAUGUAGAACGAUAUGGCACAAUGGAUUCAACAUCUGCGAGAGACCUCGAACAGUGAAGGUCAAGAAUUACCAAAGAAAGAGAAAAAACGAAGUCUAUUUAAACGAAAGAAGUAACAGCGGACUAAAAAUGAAGUAGGAAUAUUCAAUUCUAGCUUGUGGAAGUAUAGGCGUUUCUGCUUCAACGAUCAUUUGUGAAUAGCGGACUGUGCAACGAUCUGUACAAAGGUUGAAUUUCUGUAGCACGAGAAACUAUGUGAAGUCGUGUCGGUCAAGUUGUGUUAUACAGUGUUACAUGUAAACUAUUAAUGUAUUAUUAGAUAGGCACCCUUGGCAGUGACUAAUUAUUAGAUCAAUAAAAUAUUUCAAUGUGGGGUUUGGUGUUUUCUACAAUCAGCUGCCGUUACAGCGUGUUGUAUGCGGAUUGCGGAGUACAAAAUGCAAAUUUGAAGAUUGUGCC